GGAAGGCCUGGCUUCGGGCGGCGGGCGCCAAGAGAACCUUGAAAUUAGGGAGAGGGAGGGGAAGAGAGAGAGUGAGAUGGAUGCUCAGCAGCACCAAUGGGGAGCGGUGCAUUCACACCCGCAGCCGCAGCAUCAUCAGCCGACGACAGUGGAGGAGGUGCGGUCUCUCUGGAUCGGCGACCUUCAAUACUGGGUGGACGAGGCGUACCUCCACAGCUGCUUCGCUCACACCGGCGAGGUUGUCUCAGUGAAGAUAAUACGCAAUAAGAUUACUGGUCACCCCGAAGGUUAUGGCUUUGUUGAGUUUGUGUCACAUGCAGCAGCUGAAAGAAUUCUGCAGACAUACAAUGGGACACAAAUGCCUGGAACUGAACAGUGUUUCAGGAUGAAUUGGGCCUCUUUUGGAAUUGGUGAAAGGCGUGCAGAUGCAGGACCUGAACAUUCCAUUUUUGUUGGGGAUCUGUCACCUGAUGUUACAGAUUACUUGUUGCAAGAGACCUUCAGAGCCCAAUAUCCAUCUGUAAGGGGUGCUAAGGUUGUAACAGAUCCUAAUACUGGUCGUUCAAAGGGUUAUGGAUUUGUUAAAUUUGCUGAUGAGACAGAAAGAAAUCGUGCAUUGACUGAAAUGAACGGAGUUUAUUGUUCAUCUAGGCCAAUGCGGAUUAGUCAAGCUACUCCAAAGAAGACUGCUGCUACCCAGCAACAGUAUCCAACUGCUAAAGUUGCAUAUCAGGUACCAACUUACAGCAUUCCACCUGCUCAAUCGUUUCCAGCAGACACUGAUACCAACAAUACAACUCAGAUAUUUGUUGGCGGGUUGGAGGUUAAUGUUUCAGAAGAUGAACUGAGGCAUAUCUUUGGACAGUUUGGGGAUCUUGUUUAUGUUAAAAUACCUCCAGGAAGAGGAUGCGGUUUUGUACAAUUUGUUGCAAGGAAUUCUGCUGAAGAAGCUUUGCAAAGGUUACAAGGGACAAUGAUUGGUCAGCAAGUGGUUCGUCUUUCUUGGGGCAGAGGUCCUACAACGCAGUCGGAACAAUCUGGUGCUUGGGUUCAACAAGAUCCUAACCAAUGGGCUGGAGCUUAUUAUGGUUAUGGGCAAGGAUAUGAUCCUUACUCAUAUACUGCUGCUCAGGAUCCUUCUUUAUAUGCAUAUGGGGCUUAUAGUGGUUAUGCUGGCUACCCUCAACAGGUUGAAGGUGUUCAUGACAUGGCAACGAUGGCUAGUGUGGUUCAGCCUCUAGAGCAAAAGGAAGAGCUUUUUGAUCCCCUGGCAGUACCUGAUGUCAACAAGUUAAAUGCGGCUUAUCUUGCUGUCCACCGAGAUGCCAUGUUAGGGAGGCCGUUGUGGUUGAAGACAUCUUCACUUUCAUAGCAAGUGACUUUGAUUUUAUGCAUAACCUUAGUUCUGGACUUUUGGACAUCUGUUUAUGGGUUUAAUGUUUUGUGGUAGUAGAAGCUCCUUUUGGAUAUACUGUUAACCACGUUCUGUUAUCUGGUCCAAGUUGCUCUGUUGUGCAUGUGUUCUUGGUGUUCAUGGGGAGGCUUAAUUUUUGUAUGUUGUUAAAUAUUAUGUUGCAUAUAAUAUGGAUUUCCGUUUUCCAAA